AUGGAGGCUCCAGACACCAGAACCUGGGACAGCAGGGAUAUUAAAGAGGGGGGAGUGAGGGAGGAAGAGGAGCGAGGAAGCCUCCCCCCACAGAAAAACGCCAUGAACGAGUCGGACGAGUCAGAUGGUUCGGAGCCCGAGCCCCCGGCCCUCAUCUGUAGGAAGGUGUCCUUUGCUGACGCCUUCGGUCUAGAUCUGGUGUACGUCAAGGAGUUUGACAGUACAGACCUGACGGGGGUAGAGGUCGCUGACGCCCCAGAGCCCGAGGUCAAAGUUAAAGAACCGGAAGAGUAUUUCCUGUCAUCUUUGUUUACCGUGCCCUCGUCUCCAGAGGAACUCGAACAGAGACUCCAGGAUCAGAAGCUGGAGCUGGAGAGUAUUGAGUUACUUCCUGGCACCACCGCACUCAGGGGAAUUAUCAGGGUGGUGAACCUGUGCUACAAUAAAUCCCUUUAUAUCCGGAUCACUCUGGAUAGCUGGAAGACCAGCUUUGAUCUGCUGGCUGAGUAUGUCCCGGGCUCCAGCGAUGGAACGACGGACAGGUUUGCGUUCAGGCUUACCCUCGUGCCUCCCUUUGCGAUGGAGGGCACCAGAGUGGAGUUCUGCCUCAGAUACGAGACAUCGGUGGGAACUUUUUGGGCAAACAACAGGGACAUGAACUACGUGCUGUUCUGCCACAAAAAGGGAGGCAGAGGCCUGACAGCGAUAGAGGCUCAGCUAGAGGAAGUAAAUAACUGGAGAGAGAAGAGAAGCUGUCUGAAAGUCAACAGUAAGAUGAACAGCGCUGAGGAGAACCCCUUGGAGACCACUACAGACGCACCAGAUUCAGCUACACAUAGAGCAGAGGGGGCUGGCAGGAAAACGGUGGACAACGCAGAGCAUCUGCUCUCUGAUUUGCAUCGUGAGGAUUACCAUCACAAACAUUUGGGGGAUAGUCAGAGGAGCAGGCGAAGGGCGGCCCGUUCAGCACGAGUGCAGGAAUGCUUUUCUCAGCGAGAGCAGGCAGCAAGGCGGGAACACAUUUCCAAUGGGCUACCACAUAAUGGACUGGAGAAACCACCUUCACUGCCUGACAUCACAAUCAAACCCCUAGGGGACAGCGCCUCCAGUCUCCUACGAUUACGCCAGAAGAAACGAACCAAUGAUACCCCUCAAAUAAUGACAUACCACCAGAUACCCCUACUUUCCCUGGACUGGGGCAAAGAUAACGUGCGUGUGGGGACUCCAGAUGAGGAUGACAUCUGGAUUAGAACGAGGACCACAGCCCAGCUCACAUCAGACAAGUCAGAGGACAAUCUGGGAGAGCAAACCUCUGUUUGUGAUCUGUGGGAAGCCUUUCUCAAUGGCACAGAUCCCAAAGAUACCACCGGUGUGCCAGAGUCUGAAUGGCUACAGUCAGCAACUUCAGUUUGUCCGUCAAUUGAAACAGAGGAUUUUGAGACAUCCUCAAAUGUCGAGAACCAGCUGGAGGAUGACUUGGACUCAAAUACACGAAGGUACACACACUGGACAGUAGAUGAACUGCCAUUCGGGGCGCACGAUCAUGUGCUGCCUGUGGUCAUUGCCAAGGAGCCACUGUCAAGCUCGGGUGUCACCGUCCCCAGAGACGACAAAGCGCUGGUUUAUGAUCCUUCCCAAAGGUCAGAGGCUAUCCCUGUAACAGACACUCUACAGGAAUCCAUUCCCUCGGGUGCUGCAAGGGUGGUCAGGGGCUCUGUUGACAGCACGGCUCAGUGCUACAAGCAUGUGGAGGGGGGGGGAAGAAGAGCAGAGGAGCCUUUCACACCAUAUAAAGCAGAGCCGGUAACAAGCUCUGGGGAGACCGAGACAACAGAUAUGACAGCAAUGGCAGAAUCUCAGAAUGCCAAUGCAGUAGAUAGAAUCUGUCAGGGAGAAAGGCAAGACAAGACGCUUUCUUCCGACGUGGAAGCAGAGGUUAAAGGCAAUGUGCACAAAGCAGCUGAUGAUACUGUGACAUUUAGGGAGACAGUCGGCGAGAGGACAGAGGAUAAAACAAACACACAGAGCUAUGGAGUGGAGGAGGGAUUUACACAGGCCUACAAAGAGGAUGAGCUAUUCAGGCCGAACCAACCAGAGGAAAAAGAAUUCACACAAGACAUCACAGGAGACAUUUUGCAUAAACAGAGUCAACCAGUGGAAGAUGAAUUCAGAAUUAACCGAAGAGAGAAAAUGUAUUUAGAACUGAACCUAACACAGUUUGAAGAAUUCAGGCCGAGUCGAACAUAUGAAGAUGAAUUCAGGCUCAAUCAAACAAAAAAAGAACAAAGCCUGAAACAAACACACAAAGAGGAACUCAGUCCAAACCAAUCAGACAAAGUUGGAAUCAGACCAUUUAAUGAAUUAAAACCAAAACAAUCAGAGGCAGAGAAAUUCCGAUCAAAUCAAAAAGAUGAAGAGGAAUCUAGACUGAACCAAACAUUUGAUGAUGAAUUCAGCUGGAACCAAACUGAGGUAGAGGAAUUAAGACCGAACAAGAUUGAGAUGGAAGAGGAAUUCUCCCCAAGCCAUCAGGGCGAAGAAGAUGACAGACGGAGCGAUACAGACAAAGAAUUGCGCCUGAAUCAUAAGGAUGAAGAGGUAGACAGAGAGAACCGGACAUUUGCUGAAAAAUUCAGACCAAACCAAACACUCAAUGAAGAAUUCAGAUCAAAUGAAUUGGAGGAAUUCAGACGGAGUCAGUUUGAUGAAGAACAGAGAGACAGAGACAACCUAGAAGAGGUUGAAGCAUUCAGAUCCAACCAAACACACCAAGAGGGAUUCUGGUCAAAUAAAAUGCAAGAAGAAGAUAUCUAUCAGAGCCUAAAUGAAGAGGAGCUAUACAGAGACAUUGAUAUGGAUGAGGAAUCAUCAACAAACAACCUAACAGAGCCUGAAGUAUAUAGGGAAAAGACCACAGGAGAAGUGGAAAAGACAGACAAUGUCAUGCCCGAAAUGUCCAGACAGAGAGAUACCGAACAGAUACAUGAAGAAAUAAGUUUCAAAACUCCAGCGGCGGAGGAAGAGGAGGACUUAACGGACGAUACAGCAAACACUGGAAAUGAGAGUGAGGACGUGUCAACGGAAAAGGAAGGAGAGCAUGAGGUGACAAUGGAAAACGUUGAAUGCCCAAGACAAGAUGAAAAUGGAAAGUUGUCAGAAGGGUCAAAAGAACUUAUUGUGAAGGAUGAUAAAGAAUGGUUGGGAAAAGAGGUAGAGUUGGGCGAAGAUGAAUAUUUCAGAGAACAGAAAGGUUUGAAUGAGGAAACUGUAGAAGAGGUGCUCUAUUUGCAAUCGGUUGAUAAUUGUCCUUUAGCCGAACAAGACACUGAGAAGGAGGAGAAACUGUCAGACAUGCCUGAAGUCGUUCAAAAUGUGCCGAUCCAUCAGCCAAAACGCCUCACUCAGAAAGUGGUGACAGACAUAGACUCCGAGGUAGAUUCUCUCAUGAAGGCAUGUACAGCUCCCAAUUUGACCUUUACACCGAGACAAGGCCGUAGCCAAACUACACCCAGUCGCAAUGCAGAGCCCUCUAUGGGAGAUGUACCUCUGUUUGAAAGAGGUACAACUGUCUUCAAUCGUUCAUCAUCUCUAAGCACAAGAUUGAACACAGUGCUCAGUGAAGGGAGUGAGUCAGGAUUCAGUAAGGGGUCAACCCAAAACCCAUCGUCAUUAGGGGAGGAUCAGGAGACCCUCAGCAGCCGAACGAGCCCUCCUCCCUCAGAGAAAGUGGAGGAUGCUGCCAGCAGCGUCUUGGCAUGGCUGGGGGUGUUCUUCUCUCUCAGUAGCGUAACCAGAGCAUUGGUUUAUGCCCUUUUGGUAGCAGUGUUUGUCUUUACCACUCUUGUGUAUAAUUUCCCAGUGUGCUUUGGCCUCUACUUGUUUUCACUGUAUUGGUGGUGCUGUGUGGCAGAUAGGCAACGCGUGACAGGGACUGACAGAAUAGAUGGAGAGCAGUGAAGUGCUUGUGUGUAUAAAAUAAUAAUGUUGUGCACGUGCGCAUGUGUGUGUGUGUAUGAUUUGGGUAACACUUUACAUGAAGUUGCUCUUAUACCUGUGUAGUAACACUGUCAUUUCUACUGUGGCAACAUUGUUGUUGCUGUACAUAGUACUUCAGUAUUAGCA